AAGCUCUGAAAAUAUCUCUAUAUACAGCUUCCCCUUGCAGUUAACAAUGUUUUACUACAAUGACAACAACCAUGGUGAUGAUGACAAAGAGGAAGAAGGAAACAUCGUUAGUGAUGACUCAUCCCAUGACUCUACUCAUCCAAGUUCCGGGGCAAGUAACAAAAGGAAGCAGUUUGCACAACCGGCAUCAAAAGCAAUGAAACAUAACAUGUCGGUCGCCGCAAUGCUUAGGAAAACCCCAGAAGAAGUUGUGGAAGAAAGACAUAGAAAGGAUAGUUAUCAAAGAACCCUUGAAACUUGUACAAAAAGUAAAGAAGAGAAAGAGAGAGCUGCAAUGCAUGUUGCUUAUUUUUUCUACUAAUGCGGCAUUCCAUUCAAUGUUGCAAAUUCAAGGAGUUUUGAGGUCAUGAUUGAGUCCAUUGGACAAAUAGGACUUGGGUUGAAACCUCCUAGCUAUCAUGAGCUGCGGGUCACACUCCUAGAGAAAGCAAAAAAGGAGAUUGACAUGUUGAAAGAAAAACAUAAGCGUGCUUAGAAGCAAUAUGGGUGCACGUUGAUGUUAGAUGGAUGGACUGAUAAAAUGAAUAGACACUUGAUCAAUUUCUUUGUCAAUAGUUCUGAGGGGACUUUUUUCUUGGAGUCUAUUGAUGCAUCAAGCGAGUCCCAUGAUGCAAAAAUGUUAGCUAGGUUGCUUGAGACAAAAAUUGAAGAAAUCGGGAAGGAGAAUGUUGUUCAAGUUGUGACAGAUAAUGGUGCUAAUUACAAAGCGGCGGGUAGAUUAUUGGAGGAGAGAAUACCUACGCUCUUUUUGACUCCCUGCACGGCAAAUUGCUUGGACCUUAUGUUGGAAGACAUUGGAAGGUUGAUAGACUUCAAGCAAAAGAUUGAAAGUGCUAUGUGUAUCACUACCUUCAUCUAUAGGCAUGGGCGGAUUCUGAAUGCUAUGAGAGAGUUGACAGGUGGGAAAGAUCUUGUGAGACUCGGAGUUACUAGAUUUGUCACAUCCAUCCUUACUUUGCAAAGUUUGUACAAACAGAAAAAAGCUUUGCAAACUUUGUUUAUUAGUGAACAUUGGAGUGGCUCUAAAUUGUCAAACACACAAGCUGGAGAAAGGGUAUGUGACUCUGUGCUUUCUACUAGCUUUUGGAGUGGGGUGGAGGAUUGCAUAAAAGCAUCUCAACCGAUUCUUGUUGUAUUGAGGAUCGUUAAUGGUGGUGAGACGUCAACUAUGGCUGAGGUUUCCAUGGCAAUGGCGACUGCUAAGAAAAAAUUGAAUAAAUCAUUUGCAAACCAACCAAUAUUGUUGUCAAAGUUGAUGGAUAUUGUGGAGGAGCGCUGGCAAGAUCAAAUGGAAGUGAAGUUAUAUGGGGCAUCAUUGUUUUUAAAUCCUUCUAAAUAUUUUGAUUUGAAAGUAAGUGAUGUUGCAAGUGCUCACAAGCAAUGAAUAUUAUUUAAUGAUGUGCUUAAAAAGAUAGUUCCAGAUAGAGAUGCACGAAUCAAAAUAAGUAACCAAGUUGAUGAAUAUGAUGGAUUGCAAGGAAACUUUGGGAUGCAAACCGUCAGACAACUUAAAACAAAAAAUCCUCUUGAUUGGUGGAAUGCUUUUGGAGGCCUUCAUUUCGAGCUCCAAUCACUCGCAAUGCGCAUUAUUUCCCUUUGUUGUUCAUAUGUCGGUUGUGAGCGUAUAAUCGGA